CAGAAGCAGGGUAGAACAGGUCUGUUCGGUUUGUUAGGAGUAACUCAGCAUCCAGGAGGUACAUUAAAUUAAAUUAAAGCAAUUAAAGCAAGCUUAUUGGUGGAGCAGACCCUGCUGUGCUCAUCGGUAGUAACAUGAUUUCUGUUGUGGGCCUUAUGCUUUUUUUGCUCUCCUUUUCUGGAUCAUCAUAUGCAUUGAUUCCAAAAUGCUUCCAGAUGAAAGCAGAAAUCUACCACAUCCGGCAAUCACCAUUCACAGAGAUUAAUGUAACAACCCUGGCUGAUGGCGAUGGGCUGUAUGAUCCAGAGUGUGAACCCAAUGGACUCUUCAAGGCUAAGCAGUGCAAUAACAGUGAUGUGUGCUGGUGUGUGGACAGUGCAGGUGUGCGCCGAUCUGAAAGCAGUGACAGAAACCUUCAGUGUGAGGAGCUACUUGGGCCAAACUGGGUUCGUAUUGAGGUGAAACACAAGGAGACCAGCAACCCCUUGGAGCGUUCCCAGUUGCAGAGGGCUAUUGCCAGUGCCUUUCAGGAACGAGACAAUGUAGAAACAAUGAAUAGUAAAACUGAAGUCAAGUAUGAUGUUGAUGCUCGUCUCAUCACCUUGGAGUUGAGGCAAAACCCUGAUGAUCAGACACAGGAUCUGACCUACUACAUGGAGAAAGAUGUUGUUGUGAAGUCGCUCUUCAAUGAACAAAUGAAGUUUGAACCAAUCAUCGAAGGGGAAAAACUGGAGAUUGAGAGCAUCAUGGUUUACUAUGUGGAUGAGAAGAAACCCCAAAAUAGCAUGCAAACGCUCACUACAGGCCUUCUAACUGUCAUUGGUGUGUUCAUCCUGGCAGCUUGUGUUGGGCUCCUGAUUCUGUUUCUGAUCAGAAGACAAAAGAUGGGCCAAUAUGAAAAAGCUCAGACAAGUGAAAUGGAGGAGAUUUAGGUACUGAACUUCAAGCUGGUGGAAAAUGAUGAUGCAACAAAACACCUGAUGAUUAUAAAUGCAUAAAUUGUUCAUGAAUAUAUAUUUAUGCUAUUGUCACUUUGCUUCUCUUUUCCUUUUUCUCUGAGUAAUAUAUUUUAAAUGAAUCCAUUCAAAUAAAGUUCUACAUC